AUGGGCAAAGAAAUUCAUUUAAGGCCCAAGGUGAACAUCUCCUCUUACAUCCACUUUAUGCUGAAUUACAGGAAAAAAUUCAAGAAGCAGCAGCCAAAUGCCUUCUUUGGCUUUAAAGAGUUCUCUAGAAUGUGUUCAGAAAAAUGGAGAUCCAUCUCGAAGCAUGAAAAGGCGAAGUACGAAGCCCUGGCCAAGCUCGACAAAGCCCGGUACCAGGAAGAAAUGAUGAAUUACGUGGGCAAGAGAAGGAAGCGGAGAAAGAGGGACCCGCAGGCGCCCCGGCGGCCCCCCUCAUCCUUUCUUCUUUUCUCCCUCGACCACUAUGCCCAGCUGAAGCGGGAGAACCCCAACUGGUCAGUGGUGCAGGUGGCCAAGGCCACUGGGAAGAUGUGGUCCUUGACAUCUGAUGUGGAAAAGCAGCGGUAUGCGCAGACGGCUGCUAUCCUGCGCGCUAAGUACUUCAAGGAGAUGGAGGCCUACCGCCAACAAUGCCGGGGCAGCAGGAAGAAGUAUAGGGUGGCUUCAAGAGACAGGGCUGCAGGGUCCAAACUGCCUGGCUUGGCAGGUAGGAUGGAACCAGAGGUGUGA